AAGAUGACCAGUAUGACAAUGUGACCUUAUUGAAUGGUGAUUAUUCUGGCAGGUUCAAGACACAUGUGACAGUCACCUAGGUAGCUUAGAGGUAGGUACACAAUUUCAAUGUGGAAAAUGGCAUUAUCGCAUCCUAUUCAGGCAAACGAUUUCCAUGGGAGACACCAUUCACUGUGACGGCUUCUAGCAUAUCGCUACGCCUGAUAUAUGUUUGCUUGGGUUUUACAUAUAAAUAACGUCUACGAGGACGAACGCAUUCCUACGAGCAAUGUAGAAAAUAACUACCUAACUCUUGCAGAAUUUACGAACAUCGAUUUCACCGGGAAACACCAACACCAACAUACCUUAAACCUAUAGUCUUGAUAUACCACUCUCUUUCCAUAGCAGGCCCGAGAUGUAUCUAACUACCUUUAUUGCGACGGCUCUCGGUGUCUCAGGUCUUGUAACAGCGAUCCAGCUCCCUAAUCUCGAUGGAGCUUUUACGAAGCGCCAAGUCCAGCAUCCAAACGGCAGCACAGUCGACGUAUAUCUUCGAGACUCAUUCAGACACACCAACAAGAAGCGCUUCUGGAAGACCUUCCACAACGAUACGGAAUACAGUCACACAGACAUAUGCUUCGAGACCAAUUUCGUUCCUACCACCACCGCGGACUCGGCGCUCUGCGACGAUUGCUCAGCCAUCGAGACGGAGCUAAAGAAUAAUUCUGGCUUCUUCGAAACGGGGGAUUACAGUGGUACCGACUUAAACAUCAUCGCCGUCUGCGGAACAUGCGCGUUUGGAGUGAAGCGCCUCGAUGGGCAAAGUGGGCGAGUCGACAUUGGCAGUAGAGACGUGGUGGACAAUUUCGACUCGGCUAUCAUCAGGUUUGCUCGCGGAGGCCAUGUAGGCGUUACUGGUAACUUUACAUGCGAGUCGGUUCCUAUUAAUUGGGCGAUAGUGAGAGCACCUUGAUAGGUGUAUGCACCAACCUAAUCUUCCUUAGAUACAGGUAGGUAUCUACUUAUGGGCGGGUU